AUGAAAAGAGCCCAAGAUGUUGUACAAGGGGCACUGGGAACCGACGAAUAUUGGAAUGAAUAUGAUGGCGGAUCCAAUCACUAUGUUCAAUAUGAAGGCAAUGGAUCAGUUGCAGCCGGGUGGCCAGCCGUUCUGACCUGGGUCAGUUUCAAUGACCUCUGGGUCGCCAGUCUACAUUCCAUCAGCCGAAGUUGCGAUCAAUUAUACAAAGUACCAAACAAUUCCGACCAGGAAACCCAGGACCUCAAAGAUGCCAUUAAUUCGGUGGCCCACGAGUCCAGAGUAGACCAUCGAUUUAUUCUGGCUGCUGUUAUGCAAGAGACCAAAGGAUGCGUUCGGGCAGCAACUAGCGUGUCGCCGGAUGGCAUCAGAAACCCCGGUUUACUUCAAUCAUUCAAGGGGACCUUUUCAUGCAAUGACAAUGGGAAAGUGCAGACGCCUUGUCCGAGAGAUCAAAUCUUGGGCAUGAUCACAGAUGGAGUCGGUGGCACAGCAGAUGGUCAUGGAUUCGCCUCGGACAUUAAUGCACAGAAAGAGGUUAAAGAUAUCGAAUAUGCCGAGGCGUACUAUCGUGGCGCACGACUUUAUAAUUCUGGAGCGAUCGAUGACUCGAAUGAUUUGGGUAAGGGAUCGGCAACGCAUUGCUAUGCGAGUGAUAUUGCCAACAGACUGGUGGGUUGGACGGAUAGUGAGUCGACGUGCAACUUGGACAAUGAUAAAUGA